UGAAGAGUAUAGCUUGCGCGACGCGAUAGACGCGGAAGUGUAGUGGGCGGAGCUAUCUAAAAUCAAAAAAUCCGCGGUGCGGUCUUAAAUAUUCAUAAGUAACUAAAAAAAAACAAAAUAAUUAGUCUUUACCUCACAAGCUCAAAGUCUCUCAUCAUCAAGAAAUGUAUUUCACAAAAAGUAUACCUACCUAGGUACCGAUAGUUACACUUUUUAUGAAAUAGAUCGCACGGAAAUGAACCGAAUAGGGUAAGCAUCGAAAUAUUUAAUAUGCAAAAAAAAAUAUCGAAUGAAAAAAAAAUGAAAAUGGAGGCAUUAUUUUGCCGUGGCGUCUCAGUACCGUCAAACUUCUAGCGAGAAAAGGAUAGCGAUAUCCCCUCGAAUUUUAGAAGCUAAUAACUCUGGCAUUAUGAGAAGAUUUUAAUUAAUUUUUUCAUUCUAGAAUUAUUAAAAUUAUUUUUAGCGCUUCUUUACAUAAACUCUCUACCUAACCUCUCAAGUAUGAGGGCGCGGGUUUGAUCCCAGGUCAGGCAAGUAUCAAUGCAACUUUUCGGGGUAAUUGGAUGAUUUUUGGCGUCGAUAAAAAAAAGUAUCUAUACUUACGUAUUACUUAAUAUUUAGUAAUCUGUGCCUAUACUUCAUUUGAGUAAGACCUAUCUAAAGAAAAUAAUCAUGAUAUUAGUUUUUGUAAUAAAAAAUAUAUCUUAAAAUAAGUGUAACUUAAAAUAUUAUAAGAAGCAACCCUUCCCUACGCACGGCCACGGCACGGUCGCGGCACGGUCGCGGACACUGCUCUGUGCGUUAUUGCAUUGCUUUCGCAUUGGAACACUAAUCGAGCGCUCGAGCUUUUUAGGUUCAGUUUCUAACGUAGCUAUCCUAUACAUAUAACUUGCGGAAUUUGUACGUUCUUAUAACAUUAGAGAGGUAUGUAUUUUUUUUGUAUGGAGUGGUUUAUCUGUGUAAAGCGAUUGGAUUCAACUUUGCGUCCAAUAUUAGCUAUAAUUUGAAAUAAUGCAAACUACUGCAUAGUACAUUGGCUUCAAUGAAAAACUUUGUAACCAAACAACAGAAACGGACGAGCUCAUUGGGCCAGCCCCAGCUGCAGAGGAGCGAUAACGUCAUUAACGACUGCUUUUUCAGCAUUAGUGACGUCGUAUAGGUGGGUAAGCUAAAAACAUUUCUGUAGAGUCUCACAUAUACAUCACAUAACAUCUCAAGAAGACAAGUGACAGACACCAUUGUGUGGUGCGAGCGUAGCGUUGUGUCCAAGAUGUCCCCGCGCACUCCCCUUUAAUUCCUCUCUCCUUUGAACUUGUAUCAAAAACUGACACUGAGCGCGUCGGUUUUGGGCAUUGGACAGUGAUUGGCAUUGCAUCCAUCACAUCCGUCUACAUUGUGUCAAAGUACCGAUACACACAUUGGUGGGCGCAAAACGUUACGUUGGCGUUGGUGCAAAACCAACGUGUGGUGGUGGUUACGUUGGUUGGUGGUUGUUUGGGUAUCUUCAAUGUGUGGCCCAGUCAUAAUACUAUUAAGGUAUCUGUGCUAAUAGUUAAAUAUAUCUGAUCCGACAGAUGUCCAACGUCCAACCCAAUGAAAAAUAUUCUAAUUUUGUUGCAGAUAUUUAAAGAUGGACAGCAGCACUACUGUUUUUACCUCCAAAAUAACGAGGGUUGGGAAUCACCACAAAAAUAAUUUAUACGACCUUUUGAACAUUGUUCCCGCUAAACCUCUUAAAGUUAAUGAAACAAAGAAGUACACUUGCGAUUACAUCCCAAAAACUGGUAAAUAUUAUACACCGAAAAGAAAAUCGCGACUGAAAGUGAAAACUGUUCGAGAUAUCAGAAAAUUGUUUGAACUAGAUACAUUUUCUUAUUUAUUGAAUGAACUGGAAACGCAGCAAAAUACUUUAUUAAAAAAAAUACGACAUGGUUCUUCAAGUGAUGAGAUAACGAAAAAUUUGGCUACAAAGCUGUUAAGAGGUGACUCUCCUAUUACAAGGUCAACUUGGCAGAUGUUAAUUAAUCUGAAUCCAGAACAUCACAAAAAUCCACGCCAAUUUGUUAAAUGGAAUGGGAAAUAUAUUCAAGUGAACGGAAGUUUAGGUGGUAGGAAGCAAAUAAUAAAUAACUAUGAUUUAUCAUUUAAGUCACCACCACAACAAAAUACAAAGAAACACAUAUUAAAGAACAAUUUUGGAAUAAGAAAAAGAGGACUAUUAAGAAAUUCGUUAGUCGUUCAAUUUAAACCAGGCCCUCUUUGUAAGAAACAAUUUCUUGAUGAUUCGCCUCAAAAAUACCACAUAGGUAAUACCGAACUCAUACAUCUUCCAAAACCAGGACUGGACAUCAAACCUACUUAUGGUACUGCUUCAGAGCCUAUAAUAACACAGUAUCUUAAUAAUCUCCGUCCUGGGGAUGGCACUAUAACCGGAAAAUGGGCUGAAUUUGCAGUUUCUGUUUUAGGUACUAUUAAAAAAUCAAAUGCUGUACAAAUAAACAAAGAUUGCAUUACAUUUGAUUUAGCUUACAAAUAUAAUCAAAAUAAAUUACUAAUGCGCCGUGGUGCUGAUAAUAUUUUGAACACCUCCGAAUAUUCUGGAUUGAGAGCUACAGAGAGAGACAGGCGAACAGCAAGAACAGGAUUAAAAACUGAAAUACUAGAUAUUAUAAAUAAAAUGAUAGAUUCUGUAGAAAUAAACUUAACUCAAGAUACAUUAUUUACUCAAGAAAAAGAGACGGAACCAUUAACUGAUUUGAACUCCAUGGAUGUAACAAACGCAAAAGACAAGCUCAAAAGAAAAUUUGGCGAACUAGACAGACUUGCUGUUAGGGUGAUAACACUUCCUGAAAUUGAAGAACCACAAAUAACAAAAAGCUGCAACAAUAAGCACUGUUCUUUGGGUUGUGUUUGCGCUUCAUUGCAAGGCAAAUACAAUUUGAGGCAGCAUUGUGGUCGUAUCGAAUGCAUUUUUGAUUGCAAAUGUGGCUAUGACAUGUACAAAGAUGAUCCAUUACAUGCAGAAUGCUCAGAUCUGCUUCCUGGACUCAUAAAACUAAAUAAUGAGUUUGAUUUACAUUUAGCGAAAGAAGAGCAAAAAUUUCAUCAAACUGUUAUAGUAGCUGGAAAAAAAAGAAUUUUAUUAAAGACAGAAAAAAGGAAUAGCAAACCAUCCAAAAAAUAUGCCGAUUUUUACAGCAAUGUGACCUCAAAACAAGAACAGCACAAAAGACUAGAUGCUUCGGUUGUAGCAAUAAAAUUUGAUUGUAAUAAUAUAGAACCAUGGUGUAUGGUUCAUAACCUAUAUAAGUGUUUUUGUAAAGGCAAAUUUACCGAAACAAAUAUAAGUGAGGACAUCGGUAAAGAAUCACUGUCCAAAGAAACAACUAAUGAUGUUGAGGAUUUAGAAAACCUUAAAGGAGCGAAUGAUGAUACUGGAAUCGAGGAAUGUCCUUCAGCACGAAUGAAAGAGCAACAGAAACCUACAGAAUGGACAAAUUCAGUCAGAAAAUCGAAAAUUUUUGAAAGUAUACCAAAGAAAGUAAACAAAUCAAGAAGUUUUGAUAAACUUAAAUAUUACAGUAAUACUGAAGAAAAUAAUUACGACUCUGAGAAUGAAAUUAAAAGUCAAAGUAAUGCAGAGACAACGGGUAUACAAAGGAAUAAGAACUCAAGAUAUACUCUAAGACAAUUAAAAAUGACAAAUUUCAAUAGAGAUACGGACAAAAGCAGUGAAAAAUCAUUUUAUUCUGAUGAUAGCAAUUCUUUGGAUUUUAUGGAUGAAGAAACAAAUACAUGUUCAAGGACGAGUGCAUACGUUGGAAGAAAAUACACUAAUGGAUAUUAUAAAAAUACAAAUAGUAAAAUAUUGGAAAUGGAAAAGCACGAUAAAAAACUUCAAGAGAGAUUGGAUUCAAUUAAUUUAAAAAUUGAUAGUGAAAAGACUAAAACAACUGUUAAAACUGCCAAUGACUCAGAAAAUCUGUCAGAAAUUGAUAAAAAAAGCAGAAAGCGUUUACUAAGUGAGACCAAACUCGUGUCGUGGUUAGAAUCGAACUACAAAAUAUAUAAACAGCGAAACGAUCGAGGUUUUUUAAAAAAUGCCUUAGAACCGCCACAAUUAGGUAAAGUAGCGUUACACUCCUGGGAAUUUAUUCUAACCAGAUAUCGAGAACGCAAAAACCUAUUUUUAGUAUCACGUCAAAAGCCUUUCCGAAUUUUUAUGGCAGUAAAUACCAACAAUUCUUUUUUUGCAAAUUGCAUUAAUAUAAAUGAUAUCCGAUUUGCGGAGUUACACAAAUAUCCCCAAACCGUAAAAAACUUACUUAUAAAUGCAACUGAUCUAAAAGACAAUUUUUGUAUUUUACGAGGUUUGUCUUUUUGCUGGGAAUUAAUAGGCUCUGUGACUAAAGUAAGCGAGAGUGAUGGAUCAGGUGCGGAACAUGAUGCUUCCCCAAAAAUAAAUAUGAAUCCGCAAGAUGAAAGCGACACGGACAUGUCAGCUGAUUUUAAUCAAAACAAUGCAGUGUCUGAGGAAUCGUUGACAGAAAAUACGGAACAAACCGAAAUACAAACUUCGCCUUUGCAAAGAAAAGAGUCUGAAAGUAAAAGCUGUGUGGACUAUGUUGGGUCAUCAAAAUGGUUUGUUAUGACAAUAGAAAAUGAUUUUAGUGAAAUAAGAUUUUUUAGAAAAGGAUUUUUUGUUAAAUAUGAAAGCAUUAUAAAUGCCAUUAGCGUUGCACGUCUAUCCGGUAAAACUGUUCGACUAUCUUCUAAGAAAUGUAUGGAACAACCUGAAGUUCCCCAGUUCGGCAUAUAUGCAAUUCCCAACAACAACGAAUAUUGUGUUUUUGUUGGACCGUAUGAAAUCGAAGAUACUUUGGGGAUAGAAACUAUUAAGACUAUUUUAGACGUAAGAAACGUAAGGGUGAAAAGAACAAGAGGGUUUUGGAUUACAACAAACAAGAUCGAUAAUCUGAAAGUUGUAGAAAAUCCUUUAUCAUUUGUUCCUCCAACGAAUACCCAAAAUAAUAGUGAAAUUCCUUUAGAAGCGCAUCUUUGUACCAAUCUCGAAACUAAUAUAAACCAACAAGAGAAUACUAAAUUACCGGAAAGUGUAGAGACAAAUCAAAAUGAAGAAUCAAAAGAGUGUUCUCCUAGCAAAAGAGAUAUAAAAGUUGUGAAACCAAUAAAAAUACGCAAAACGAAUGGCUUCUACCACCUGGCAUCCGACGGCGUUUUAAAAAAAAUAUCUUUAAAAUACCCUAAAAUCGCACCAAAACCUGUUAUCACACGUAUAAAUGUGGGAGAUUGUGUUAUGGAUAGUACCAGAUCAUUGAUACAAAUAUGUAAAACAGGCAUUGAUAAUAAUGUUAAUGAAGUGACUUCAUUAUUGACAACUUCACAAGAGCCGGUUACUGAAGCAAUCUCUCAAAUAAAAAUAUCCUCCGUAUAUUCAACACAAAAUGAACCUUCUGUUUCUAAUCCCAUUAAACCACCAGUCACCAGUAAAGAUAGAGGAAUGUUUAUUUUAAAACCUGAAGAAAUAAAUAGAAAAGUUAUACAAAAUGAAUUGAUGGCUGAAGUGACAUCGGCUUCUAGGAAUAAGUAUGAAUUCAAUAAUAAGUCUAAGAGUAUAUUCUUGGAUUCGAAUAAUUAUAACAUAAUGUCCGAGUCAACAGAUUGGAAUGCCGAUGAUGUUAAUGUAUACGUCUUAUCAGAUGAAGAAAAUGAAAGAACUAGUGAAACUAUAGAUCAGUGUGAAACUGAAGAUAACGGACAACUAUGGACGGACGUUUGCAUAGAAUGUACAAAUGUUCCAAGCCUAGGCUGGAUACCAGGAAUAAAGAAUUUUCAUAAUUUACUCAGCUUUAAAUUACCUGGAUCUGAAUAUUCAGAAUUUUAUCCGGAAGAAAAAGCUUUUGCCGAAAUAAACUUAGAAUUGUCUAAAAGGAUAAAUACUUCAAUGAAUAUAACAUUGCAAUGGAAAGUUAACGAGUCAAGUGACAAAUUUGAAGGAACCGAAAUUAACCCUGAGCAUUUGUAUCCAGAUUAUAUACUUACACAAGAAGGGCUGUUGCACACCAGUGAUAUAAUAAAAAGUAAUAAGGACAAUCUUAAAACCUAUUCCAAAACAAAUUUGAAGGGCAACGCUCGUGGUUCCGCAUCCCCGAGUGAAAUCGGCAAGAUUAACUUGUUGAAACAAAUCGAAGAACCCAGGAAGACAGGCGAAGUUCAUCAUUAACUUAACACCCGAAUGCGUUUUGACAUUCCUGCUCGAGCUAAAAUAAUUGAAGGUUGUUUGAAUAAAACAUUUUAUUUUGUAACAAAGUACCUUGUUAGGUACCAACACACAAAUUGAAACAUGACUGAUUUCUGUAAGUAGUUUUAUUUAGAUUAUCUAUCAUAACGAUAAGUUGUAUUUUUUAUACUUACCUACCCUACCUAGGUACUGACUUACUUCGUUUCAGUUAAGAAAAUAUUGUUAAAAUUUCGUGAUUUAAAUGUAAGUACCUAGCUGCAGAUUAUCUGCUGCCUAAGUGGCUACUGCCUAUUUGCUCAGUACCUACCUACCUACCUAUAGUUUCACUAAAUUCUACUAUUGUAGAAACUGUCAUUGUGUAAUUUAUUAUCUUUUUUGUGGGUACCAAACGCAAAUAUACCACCUUAUCAGAGCCUUGUGCUCACAGCGUAUUCUUUUCUUGUUACUAUAGUUAGGUAAAUGGUAACCUAUCCGAUUUAUAGUUAUACCUGCUUACCCAAAUGUUUAGAUUCUAAGUAAAUAGCUAGACUAGUUUAGUUACAAAUGUUUUAUGAUAAGACUUAUUAAAGUAUCGGUAGGUGUGCUUGAAAAUAUGGGUUAUUCGUCAUCUCGCCACGCUAGACUCUUCACGAAUGUGUGACACAAAAAAUCAAUGUGCUCGACUGUACUUUUAUUUUUAAUUCGGGUAAAAUGCUAAAAAUCCGGUUGGCGAAAUGAUAAAUGUACAAAUUUUAAGUUUCACCAACUGGACACAUUCGUGGUAAGUCUAGUGUGGCGACUUGACGAAUAACUCAAAAUUAUGGUUAUUGUCCUUUAUCGUUCAGUGCUAGUUUAUGUCGUCAUGUGCGCUAAAAAUAAGGUUGUACAUAAUGGUAAUAAGAAAAGGACCUUUUAUCGAUAUGGGUCAAAGAAUAGGUACCUAAAGAAUAAAUUCAACAGUUUUAACUAUUCGUGACCAAAUAAUUGUCAUACUAGAAUAAGGUCGUAGUUAAAUGUCUUAUUUUGUUAUUGCUAAGAAUACUAAUUAUUUAUCUGUGAUAAUACAAAAUUAACAACUUGGAGCGAAGGAGUUGCUUUUAUUUCCUGAAAGUCUGAAGCGAUUUUGUACCUUAUUAAAUCAUUGAUACCUAUCUGCUAAUUAGGUAAAUGUCGAUAAUGAUUGUACCUUAAAGUAUCUAGUGUUAAAUGCAGAAUACAAAACUACACUCGCUGUUAA